AUGGGCCGUCGCAAGAUUGAGAUCAAGGCCAUCAAGGACGACCGCAACCGCUCCGUUAGCCGCGAGCCAACACUGACCCUGGAUAGGACGUUCCUGAAGCGCAAAGGCGGUCUGUUCAAGAAGGCGCAUGAGCUCUCGGUGCUCUGCUCCGUCGACGUUGCCGUCAUCAUCUUUGGCCACAACAAGAAGCUGUACGAGUUUUCGUCGGGCGACAUCAACGAGACGAUUGGCCGGUACCAAUAUGUCACGCAGUAUGGCGGCGCACACGAGCACAAGGGUCCGGAGGACUUUAUGGGCAAGAAGGACGGCGACGACGAAGAUGAGGAGGAUGAGGAGGGCGCCGUCGCUCGAGACUCGCACACCCCGCCAGAGCACGGUAUGAUGCCGCACCAUCUGCAGCACGCGCAGGCCUUCCAGCACAUCCGCCACGCGACGCCGUCUGCCUCGCCGCCAAUGCCCAAUGGCGGCAUCCCCUUCCACCAGCGAGGCCCCUCGCCGCAGCCCGGCCACCUUUCCCGGCCAAACUCGCGAGACCCACAUUCCGGACGCGCCCCAAGCUCUGGAAUCUCGGCGCCUUCCACAGCCCUUACCCGUCAGCCAAGCACCGGCCGCCGCCGCCAGGCAACUAUGCCUUACAUGCCCCAAACCCGGCCCUUUUACAACCCGCAGAAUGCCCAGCCAGAUGGCCCCGGCGCCCGUCGCCAGGCCCGCCCUCUGUCCCCGCACUUCCAGUCCAGCAGUUCAUGCAGCAAGAACCGCGGAGACAGUCUAUGCCGCCAACAUUUCAGCAACAGCAGCAUGCUCAGCAGCAGCAACAACAUCAGCACGCACAGCAACAAGCUCAACAUCAGCAGCAGGCCCAACAACAACAUGUACAACAGCAGCAGCAACAACAACAACAGCAGCAGCAGCAUCAACAACAGCAGGCUCAAGCACAGGCUCAACAGCAACAGCAGCAGCAGCAGCAGCAGCAGCAAUCUUCCCAAUCACAGCCUGUGUCGCAACCGCAACAAGAACGCCCCGCGCAGCCCACUAUCACCGUUCCGUCUCCGCCGCAACAUGACUUCCAGACCACGACCACUGCACGCCUCGGCCAAGCACAGCAUUUUCACGCCCAUCGACGACAGCCAGUCCAUGCUCGCAGCGCAUUGGGGCAGCAGUAAUGUGAGCUCGUCCCGCAGCGAGGUCCCGUUUAUCAAGCAGGAGAACCGAGCACAAUCAAUCGAUGUAGCUGCCAUGUCUCGACUAAACACCAACGGAAUCUCCCCGCCUCAACCCCCGCCACAGCAGAUGGCGCAGGAGCCCCCGCAGCGAACACAGUCCACUUCGGGGAUGCCCGCGAUCCAGCCCAUCUCGCGAACGAACAGCAUGCAGACGGACCCGAAGAAGCCCAGACUGCGCGUGCAGAUUCCGAGUGAACAGUCUGAUGCUGGAAGCGCGACUGCCGACUCAUCGCCGAAGGACUCUGGCACUACUGGGGCCACCCCUGCACGGACGGGCACAGAAGGAUCACAUUCUUCUGGUGUUGUCCUGCCUCCCCCGUCACCCAGCGCAAACUCUUUAAUGAGUGCUGGUGCAACCGGGCCGCCAAAUCCUUUUUGCUCGCCCCCCGCCACCAUCCAACAGCAACUCCUAUUGGCAGCCAGCGGACCGAGCUUCGCGCGUGACGACUCUGCUGACCGGGAGCGCAAGCGCAAGACCUCUGACGACGGGUCCGACUCUGGCCAGAAGAGGGUGAAAGCUUGA